AUGGCUCCCUCCCAGACGGUCGCGUCGCCCAGACCCAGUCGUGGUUUCAGUUUCGGUAGCAGGUCCGAUAAAUCUCGCCGGUCGAGCAACGCUGCCAGCAAUAAAAUCUCUCUCAGGGAGUCUUCUGAGGAAAAGCACAGGCGCAGUUUACAUACCAAAGCCGAUCCAACUCUUGCUAUGAGCGAAGCGCAACCAAUGGCUGUUGCCCUCGAACAGUCGACUCUGGGCUCUUUAAGAGCUAUGCAGCACAAAGACCGAUUUGGGCAAAUUAUCAUUCUUGUGAUCAAAGCUGAUCCCGAUCUUUCCAACCCCACUCGCCCUCGAUUCGAACGUCCAUUAGAGACCAUCCGAGCUUUUGAAGCUGCUUUUGAAGGGACGUACAGUAGUAGACCCGUUUCCUGGGCGCGAACAGAGUCACCUAACGGCGGAGAGCACAACAAACGUGGCAGCUACUAUGGAGAGUCCAGCCGUGGAAACGGGUACUAUCCAAACAGAGGAUACAGUGAUCAGAGUGGGCACUUCAAUCAACGGGCAACCUAUUCGCGACCGGAGAGCUAUGUCGAUACUUACAAUGGCCAGCCGCAAGAUAAUGGCUACUACCCGUACAACCAAGGCGGCGGCGGCCGUCGACCACGACCCAACCCGCGGAUGUAUACCGAUCAGACAGGAUACAGCAACGGCUCGAAUGGAUACGCACAACAUUCGUACGAGAAAUCCGUCGAUAAUAUCACUGCAGCCUCUGGGUCGGGUGGAAGCCACGCUGAUGCUUGGGGCAAUUCGACCGACCCCAGUUCCGUGAACAGUUCGAUCGACCAAUUGUCCCAGCAGCUACAAUUGGGACAACGAGGGUUCAAUUCUCAACUCAAUCUCAAUGGCUAUGCGCCAACACCUCCAAAACCUCCCGUACAUAACUUCAACCAAGCACCAGCCUUCGAUCCUAACGCUGGGGGCCCUGUCGGCGGCACCCCAGCCGCCGUGUCAGCGCCCAACCGUCGUCAACUGCGGAAAUCGGUGAACAUGUCCGAUACAGGGGACAAGCGAAAGAGCUGGUUCAAGCGCAAGUUUAGCAAGGAUUAAGGCAUACGUCGGUGGUUAUCUGGCUCUCAUUCGCUAUUCUUCUAACGUAUGUAAUGAUUGUUCUUAGUGGGCGUUUUUCUCGAGUUCAGACAUGGGAAAACAGGGAAAUUGCGUCUUUGCUUUUUUGUUAAUGUUAAUUCUCCUGAUUGUUUUCAUCGGGCUGUCUUACAGUUUGAUACGUUUAUGCUUGACGAUGUCACGAUACAUGGAUGCCCCGGCGAAUCAUCAAUUGAUCAAUGUGCCGUUCUGGUGUUUGCCUGAUAUUUCGAGUACAUAUUUUGCGUCCUGUCCUGAUUACGCCGAAGGGAUCAACAGGCGGUGUAUGUUGAUAGCAGACCUGAGUUCUGCAUGUUCAAAAGGCUUAUGCAGGAUGACGAUAGACUAAUGAGACUGCAGCUGUUUGAUCAACAGAUGUUUACAACUUGACAUA